AUGAACCGUAGAGCCCUCAUUCGUCGUGGAAAGAUCACCUUAUUUGCUUUCCACGCCAUCUUAGUUAAAUUAAGGCUAACUUCAAUAUUUAUAACCUUAAAUCAUAUUUUCCUCAAUCAGUUAAAAGAUUUCGUGGCUGGUCCCUGUGAUUCGCGUUGGUUUGAUAAAUCUCUUACUCUGCUAAUCAAUGCCAGUGGUCAGGCUGCUUUGACUUUUGAGCAUUCAUGGGGUGAUGGAGUAGCUGUGCUACGCUUCUUCAACGAGGUCUAUCGUGACAGUGAGAGCAGACCUGCUAUCGGACCCGAUGACUACCCUGCAACGCAUUUGGGCAACUUGAAGUAA